AUCCCAAUAUUUGAAAAGGGUAAAAAAGAGAAUUCACAAUAAAAGGGCACGCUUCAAAACGUUGUACGGUACGCACUGUUCCGCACAUCAAUAUCACAUUUCCCCCACUGUAAUUUUUUUUCUUCAGCAGCAUUCUGCAGUGCGGUAAAGGCGGUAUAGAAAUCAGAGAAAUAAGCUUUUCCCCUGUUUAAAACCCUAAAAACCCUAUAAAAAAAAUUCGUACUUGUUCAAAUGCCAAACUCGAAACACUAAUCAUGGAAAUUGAUCAAUCGGAAGAAGAAAGUACGAGGAUGUCUGAUAUCUUACGCAAUCUCUCGACGAAGGGCGCGCUGCCCACUUCCCUGGCGAAGCUCUCCGGUUCGUCGCACAUAAUUCCGUCGCAAAAGGACUUCCAUUUCUACAACAAUUUCAACGAAUUCAAGACCCCCGUUCAAGAAAUCGACAACAAGUCCAAAAAUCUGCUGGAGAAGGUCGGUGCGUCGGAGAAUUUAUUCGGGAAGCCAAUCCCUUUACCGGAUGACAAGCGUGUCGAAUUGGACGAUGACGUGGCGCUCGAUUGGCUGGUGAACGUGAACGACGAGAUUUUCGAGAGAUUCGAUGUGUCGUUGGAUGAGUUUAAGCGGCUGAGGAAGAAGGAAGAAGAGAGUGGGGUGAGGACGAUGAGAUUGGACGAUGAUGAAGAAGAUGGGUUUCAGAUGGUUUAUGGGAAGAAGAAUAAAAAAUCGGCUGCAGGUUCGGAGAGGAAUGUUAAUGGAGGAGUGAAAGCGGUUCAUGAAGUGAAGGUGAUUGAAAGAGUGAAGCCGAAGAUUCCGUUUCAUAUACCUACGAUACCGAGGCCGCAGGACGAGUAUAAGAUUAUUGUGAAUAAUACAAACCAGCCGUUCGAGCAUGUCUGGUUGCAGAGGAGUGAGGAUGGCUCUAAGUUUGUACAUCCUUUGGAGAAGCUGUCCGUUCUUGAUUUUGUUGACAAAAGUAGUAGUAGUGCCGACCCUGUAAAACCUCUUUCACUCGAAGAUACGCCAUUCUAUUUUGUGGAAGAAGUGAAAGAUUUGAAGCAGUUAGCAGUUAAAUUGCGAAGCGCUGAUGAGUUUGCGGUUGAUUUGGAACACAACCAAUACAGGUCAUUUCAAGGGAUGACAUGCUUGAUGCAAAUAUCAACAAGAACUGAGGAUUUUGUUAUAGAUACUCUGAAACUUCGCAUUCACAUUGGUCCACAUCUCAGAGAAGUAUUCAAAGACCCAACUAAGAAAAAGGUGAUGCAUGGAGCAGACCGUGAUAUCAUAUGGCUUCAACGAGACUUUGGCAUUUACGUCUGUAAUAUGUUUGACACUGGACAGGCAUCAAGGGUAUUGAAAUUGGAAAGGUUCAGCUUGGAAUACCUAUUGAAUCAUUUUUGUGGAGUUACAGCAAACAAAGAAUACCAGAAUGCAGAUUGGAGAAUUAGACCACUCCCCCGUGAGAUGAUCAAAUAUGCUAGAGAAGAUACACAUUAUUUGUUGUACAUCUAUGAUCUUAUGUGGCUGAGGUUGCUCGAAUCACCUACUGAUCCUGAAAGUUCUGAUCCUCCUCUUAUUGAGGUCUACAAACGCAGUUCCGAUAUAUGCACUCAACUCUAUGAAAAAGAGCUUCUUACAGAUACUUCAUACCUUCAUAUUUAUGGGUUGCAAGGGGCCGAUUUCAAUGCGCAACAGCUAGCUGUUGUUUCUGGACUUUGUGAAUGGAGAGAUGUCGUUGCUCGUGCUGAAGAUGAGAGCACUGGUUAUGUUUUGCCCAAUAGGACUCUUAUUGAAAUUGCUAAACAGACGCCUCUCACCACUAGCCAGCUUCGACGCGCUUUGAAAUCGAAGCACCCAUAUAUUGAACGGAAUCUUGGUUCAGUUGUGAGUAUUAUAAGGCACUCUAUCCAAAAUGCUGCUGCAUUUGAGGAGACUUCAAAACAGCUUAAAGAAAGAAAGUUGGAAUUGGCGAAUGUAGAGAACACUUUGGCUACUGAAGAAUCUGAAGUCUUGCCUUCUGAAGCAACUGAAAUAUUAAAUGCUGGGGAAGCCGAUAAUAUACAGAAUAGCACUUUAACUUUUGAGAAUUCACUGGAUCCCAUACAACCUAUGGACGUUUCCGAGAACUUUAGCAGCGCCAAGGCUGAAGUUGCUAACGCCGAACCAGAAAAAUCGAUGUUCUCUCUAAAGACAAAUGACACUACUGCUAGUGAUCAGAGUGCAUCACAUGUAGCUGAAGCAACUGUUCAGUUGCUAAAGAAGCCAAGCCGAGCUUUCGGGGCAUUGCUUGGAAAUUCAGGAAAGAGGAAGUUUGAUACUGAUAAAAGAGAAAAAGAAGAAACAAAGCUGGAGCAAAUAAAAUCAACAGUGAGUCUACCAUUCCAUGCAUUUACCGGCAAAGAUGAAAAACUGCAGCAGAAUUUUCAAGAACCACCUAGCAAGGCAUCAGAAGAUUCACAUAAAGAAGAGCCUUCAAUUCCUGCCACGGGUUCAACCAUGGAAGACAUCAUUGUCUUAGACGAUGAUGUUUCAGAUAUCGAGGAAGCAGCCAAUGAAGACAACUCCGAUAAAAAACAAUCGGAAAACAAGGAAGAAGCUGACGAGGAGGGGGACGAGCCCAUGUCACUGUCUGAUCUUUCCUCUAGCUUCCAGAAGUGCUUUCCUUCACUAGAUCAAACAAAAACUCCCAAAGUGGCCGAUAAAUCUCAACCGUCCGAUGGUUUUUUGCAGGUGAAGCCUUUCGACUAUGAAGCUGCUCGAGAAGAGAUGAAAUUUGGGGUCGGCCAAUCAAAGGAAAAAGGGGCCGAUAAUAAUAAGAGAGAUAAGAAAAAAGUUUCUACAGUAACUAAAUCGGAAAAGGAUGAGGGGCCCGCAACAGAUCUCCCACAGGGUAGAAGACGUCAGGCUUUUCCAGCGUCAGGCAAUCGCAGUGCAACUUUUCGUUGAGUGAAGGAUUAUUUACUUUGAAAUAGUUUAUUAUAGUCUCGUGUAUGCUAACCUGGACGAAGAUAAAAGGGAAAAAAAGAAAGGGAAAAUGGGGAAGGGAGUGUAUUAUUGAUUUUUCGCUGUAGGAUCACCGAGGAACAGCUAUUUUUGCCUUUCUUGUAGUUUAUUACUAGUGGCUUGUUGAAUCUUCAUGAUGAAAAUGCUAAAUUUUGGUACUUUCGGAGGUUAAAUGCAAUUUAUCAUGUUAUAUGCCA